AUGAACAGCGAGAGACUCCAAGACGCUAUAAAGAAUAUGUCUGGGUGCAUAAAGUAUGACGAUUGGAUAGGAAUCAUGGACGAAUUGGAGCACUACACGUUUGAGGAACGUAAUAUGUUGACAAUGUUACUCUAUAAUGGAGUAACACCCAUGUUUCAUGCUGCAACAACCAAUAAUGUCGAUCUUAUAUCGUAUCUCGUUGAAGAAUGCCAAGCCCCGGUUGAUCAAAAAUGCGCUCUGUACAAUAUAAUAUUUAUAACACCAUUUUGGGCGGCUAUAUGGACAAAAAGUUAUGAAGCAGCUUACUGUCUUUUACAAUUCGGAGCAGAUAUAAAUUCAAAGGGUUGGUGGGGUUCAACAGCGCUGAUGAGAUGUCUGGCAGAAAGGGAUGUUAAAAUGGCUGACUUCCUUUUGGCCAAUAACGCCAAUGUUAAUAUCUGUAGCGAACUCGGUGAAACACCGCUAAUGUUGGCUGUAUUUAAUUUAGAUAUAACAAAGGAACUGCUAAAGCUGAGCAAACACACGUUACAUUUAAGAGAUGUUAAUGGUAAUACGGCUCUUCAUUAUGCUGUCAGGAAUCAGAACUUAAACGUCACCAAGUUGUUGAUUGAGGAAGGCUUAAACCCUUAUACCAAGAAUUACGAUGGCAAAUCUGCAUUCGAUAUCGCUGAAGAAAAUAGAAGUAUACACAUGGCUGUUGCGCUUUCUUGUUGGGAAAUGGCGAAGGAAGUUAACCGUACUCGCAAAAUUCCUUAUCCUUUUCCAGUUGAGCUUGUUUUAAGGAAUUCUUUUAAGCCUCCUUUUAAGUCCACGAACAAGAAAAGAAGUACCAUCGAUAUGUACUUGACUGAGAACCAGUGCCUGCAGCCGUCAUGCGGUUGCAAGAGUGUGAACAGAUCUGGUGGAUGA